AUGGACUCUUUUCAUUUACCUGAUCCUGAAGCGCCGCCUCAGUACGAGACGUUGAAGACCCCAGCGGUGAAGAUGCCAGCUACGUCCGCGGAUAACCAUUCACACUGCGUGAAGCCAUCAAACGAAUCAUGCUUAGAUCUCGACCAACGCUCUCAAAACAUGACCAUGAGGGAUUGGAUACGGAGGAGAAAGGGUUUCAUCGCUGCAGCAUGUUUGCGGAGCUGUUGCGAACUGUCUAGGGCUUCUCUGCUCAGCAGAACUUCGAGGUCAACGAUGAGGGCUUAUUGCAACGCGUGGCUAGAUCGACUAGGCCCAGGACGUCUUCAUAGAGGGUUCUCUGAUGCAUUCGCUGUUUCUCUGGGUCCCCGACUCCCGAUAGCCGGCAGGCCACUGGAGAUUGGGGAGCGUGCGAUCUCUGUCGGCCCUGAACACGACUGGACAAUUGAGUGGGGAUGGGUCCUUAGACUACGAGCGUAUACUCACCCUGAGAACCCUAGUUGUUCUCACUGGUCCGUCGAUAUUGGCAUUUUCUUCCGGGACUUGCCACGCCUGCUGAGCACUGGUGGCAUCUCAUGGGAUAGAGCACAUGUUGAUCAGAGUGACUUUCGCCACUGCAUCAACACAGGCCCGGAUGGGGCACGCCCAUGGGCGCAGUCUUCGACCUAUACACCCAAGGUCCCAAGCCUCAGUUGGCGAGCUGAAGCUGUCCACAGAUCGCGCCAUCUGCCUCAAGGCCGGAACAGUCUCGUCAGUCUUCUUUCUUCAGAAACAGUCUACCAGGCCGAGAUCUAUCAGCGAACGGCGGCAGGGAGAGCUACGCGUGUUAUGGCUUAUAACCGGGGAGUGGGUUACGGGAAUGAUAUCGCGGGCCAGCCUCUAGAUGUGUGGCAUGAUGGCCUCCCUGAAAGAUUUGGCCAGUUUAUCCGGCCUUUGAUGCCUUUUGAUCCGUAUGGUGCAGAAUAA